UUUUUAUUAUAUUAUAUUUUAACAGCCUUUAUAUAAUAUUAAAGGAAUUAAAAGAAAAUGGCUCAUAAUAAACAUAAUAAUAACAAUAUAAAAUUAAAAACUAUUAAUGAAAUGAAAAAGAGAGAACCAAAAUACAAGAGCAUUUAUGUAGCAAAUUCUAAAAAGAAUGUGACAUCAAAAUUAGUAUGUAAUGAAUCCGAUAAUUCCAACUUUAUAUGCAAAAGUAUCUGCUGCGAUGUUUGUGCGAUUGGUUUUUCACUUCUGUUUGGAUUUAUGUUUUUGACUCUUGGCCUCCUGACGACAUAUAUUCCAUUGUCAGAACAUUCGUUAAACGAAAAUCUUAAAUUCUCUCCAUUGUUUCCACAAUUUCAUUUGUGGAAGAAUCCAGUACCAGAAGUUUUAUUGAAAGUUUAUAUCUUUAACAUUACUAAUGCAGAAGAUUUUAUUGCUGGAAAAGAUGAAAAGUUAAAGCUUCAAGAAAUCGGGCCAAUAAUAUUUCAAGAGACAUUGGAACAUAAAGACAUCCAAUUUCAUGACGAAAAUUCUACAAUGUCAUAUACAGUCUCAAGGCAAAUCAUUUUUAAGGAGUCAGCGAAUUUGAAGGGAAUUUUAAAUGAGACAGUUUAUGUAGUAAAUAUGGCACUGAGUGCGGCAUCUUACAUUAAUAAGAGCUUUAUAAUGCGACGUUCUUACAAUAUUUUAUUACGAACCCUUCAAACCAAACCAGUUGUGUCCACUUCAAUUUACAAUUAUUUCUUCAAUAUGACAGAUCCGAUUUUGCAAUUAGCAAAUACGUUUGUUCCAUUUAUUGCUCCAACAAAAGAUACAGGGAUAUUACAAAAUGUGUACAAAAAUUUCACAGAUCGUGUAAACGUGAAUAUUGGCUUAAAACAUGGUCAUAAAAAGUUUUUUACAAUCAAUACAUGGAAUGACCAUCCUAACGUACCAAGAUUUAAUAUUGAUAGUGGAGCUUGUAAUGCGAGUUUAAAAGGCAGUACUGAGGGAGCUAUUUACCCUGGAUUAGCAUCAAAAGAAACAGUUUUUUGGUUUUGGCGAAAAACAUUAUGCCGUAAAGUUCCAUUAUUUUUCGAAAAAGAAUUUUCAAUGUAUAACUUAAAAGCGUAUAAAUACGUUUUACGAUAUGAUGUUUUUGACCGUAACAAUGACACUGAAGCAGAUUGUUAUAAAGGUGACAAUCUACCAAAUGGACUAAGCGAUGUAUCAAAGUGUUUUUUCGAUCAACCGAUUGCUGCAUCAUUUCCACACUUUUGUAAACGUUCUGGUCCUUGGGAUAAAUACAUUGAAGGUCUGUCACCAAAUGAAAGUAUCCACGACAGCUAUACAAUAGUCGAACCAAAUUAUGGUGUGCCAAUGAAACAAAAGGCUGUUUCUCAAAGUAAUGUGAUUCUAAAGGAUUUGUCAAGCUAUAAAUCAGAUUUUGCAAGAUUUUCCAACAUGAUUAUACCAAUGUUUUGGCUGGAAUAUUAUCAAGAUGGCUUAUCUCCAAUAAUAGUCUCUCUACUAAACUUCUCUAUAAACACCCUUCCUAGAAUUCAAUUUUGGAUAUCAGGACUGUUCAUCAUUGUUGGAUUAUGUUUACUCAUGGUGGGAUAUUUAAGGUUAAGAAAGAAUGAGAAGGAUAGAGGAGAAUAAGUAGUCAUAUAAUUUUUUAGCACCUUAUACAUAUAUGCUUUUAAAGUAAUACAUACGUAUGGGAUAUUUUCAAUUAUUUUUAGAAUUUUGAAACAUUGUAAAAUUGUUUUCAUUUUGUAAUCAUUGAAAGAAUUAGAGAUUAAAUACAGUCCGUUCAUUU